UAGAAAUUUCCCACGGUACACACACCACAUCACGAAGCCCCCAUCGCCGCCCGCCUGCCAGCCAGCCCGUCAUGUCCGCCCCCACCACUCUCCGGCGGUGCCUCUUCCACCUCCCGCGUCUCCAACCCUUAGCCGCAAGGCGCUGGGCGUCCUCCGACCCCCCCGCCGCCGCCGCUGCCGCACCCGCCAAACCCGCCAACCCCGUUGACAGCGCGAUGAGCAGCCUGGCCAGCUUCCUAGACAGCAACAACGCCAAUCGGACGUCCUCCGCGCGGGCUGGCACCUCGGGUCCUGGCGCCAGCAGCGCCAGCAUCAGCAGCGACAGCAGCAAUCCCUCCCCCUCAUCCUCGCCGGCGCCGUUCCGCGCAGCGCCAUUCUCGCUAUCGGGACUGGACCUGCAGGGGCUGUCACAGCCACCCAGCCUGGGCAUGGAGGAGGAGUACCACCUGAAUAUCUACUCGCACAAGCACAACACGCACAUUACGUUUUCGAAGCCGGGCAAGGACUCGAUCGUCUCGCUGUCUGCUGGCAACGUCGGGUUCCGGAAAAGUCACCGCGGGACAUAUGAUGCUGCCUAUCAGCUCGCCGCCCACGUCUUCAAGCUUAUCGAGGCGAAGAAUGUUAAGCCAAGGAGUGUCGAGGUUGUACUCAGGGGAUUUGGACAGGGACGGGAGGCGGUCGUUAAGGCACUCCUCGGACAGGAGGGGAGGUUUCUGAGGCCCGUCGUUAAGAGGGUUAGUGAUGGCACUAGACUCAAGUUUGGUGGAACAAGGAGUAAGAAGAUGAGGAGAUUGGGUUGAUCGAUGAGAUCGAUGCACUGGAGACAGGGGGCGCGGGCCGAGAACUACUGUAUUAUAGGAGUGGAUAUCUUGCGGUCAAGAUCUUUCUCGCUUGGAGAUGGGAUAGAGCUUUCUUGCUUCACGGAAUAUCACUACUUGUAUAUUUGCACC